GGAUAGUCGGGGACAGAGAGGAUCCCUGACUCGCUGAAACUCCCAGUUCUCCACCCGCAGCAGGACAGGAAAAAAGCUCCAGGACCACCCCAGACCCAGAGCAGCGGGAAUAAGAGCUGCUGCUGGUGCUGGGAGGCAGCAGAGCCACUGCUCCGCUCAAGAGUCCCUGCGACUUCCACAGCGCCACCGCCUGACGCCAACGCUGCCACAGCUGCCACCACCUGGGCUCCAAGCCACCUGCUGCCUGCUGCCAGAGAAGCAUCAUGGGCUUCUGGAAGUUCUCUCCUUUCCUGGUUCUCAGCAUCCUGGCCCUGUACCAGGUGGGCGUCCUCCAAGCGGCACCAUUCAGGUCUGCUCUGGAGAGUCCUACAGACCCUGAUGUGCGCAACGAGGAGGAAAUGCGACUCCUGCUGGCUGCAGUGAUGAAGGAGUAUGUGCAGAUGCAGAUGAAGGCCCAGGAGCUGCCCCAGGAGCAGGAGACUGAGGGCUCCAGAGUCACCGUCCAGAAGAGAUCCUGCAGCUCUGCCACCUGUGUGGCCCACUGGCUGGGAGGCUUGCUGAGCAGAGCCGGAAGUGUGGCAAACACCAACCUGCUGCCUACCAGCAUGGGAUUCAAAGUCUACAAUCGCCAAGGCAGGGAGGUUAAGGCUUAAGCAGUGGAAGUGCUCCAGGAAGAAGGUUACCAUGAAGCGAACUCUAUUUCCUUUAAUUUAAAAUGAAUGCAACUCAUAGGAUAAGGAGCAUGGAAAACACACACAUCUGCAUGCUUAAUAUUAAAAACAUUCU